GAUGAUGGCUGCAUACUAUCAAGAUUAACAGGGGCUCCAGAUGAAAGAAGCAUAUGUGGAAUGACCUCAUGGGUAUCAGCAGUAUGUGCAAUUCCACAGACCUGCCAUUUGAAGAAAGCCGCGAGCUCCUGAUUGUAGUAUACAGCUUAAUUUUUGCGAUAGGCCUACCAGCUAAUUGCCUAACUGCUUUUGUGACACUUGUGCAAAUUUACAAAAAAAAUAUCACAGCCAUCUACCUGUUUGGCCUGUCCCUGUGCAACAUUAUGUACCUGAGCACCCUUCCCCUCUGGAUCAUCUACGUGAAAAAUGACCAUCAUUGGAAAAUGGGGAGACCGUCAUGCCUAGUGACUGGAUAUAUCUUUUUCUGCAACAUCUACAUCAGCAUUCUUCUCUUGUGCUGCAUUUCUAUCGAUCACUACAAGGCUGUGGUACGUGCACUGGAAAGCAGAGGGAAAUGUUUCAGGUCCCAAAGGACUGCUACUAUGGUCACAGUCGCCUUCUUUGUCACCAUUGCUGUGAUCUAUUGCCCUGUGUUUUUCAACAAAAAUAUCCAGGAAGAAAACACAGAAACUUGCUUUGAAACUCCUCUCGAUGUCAAUUUGGCCCUUUACAAUAUCAGCCGGUUCUUCUUGGGAUUUUUCAUUCCUUUGGGGGUCCUUCUUUUCACAAACUACAGGAUUUUUCAAAGUAUUAAGACCAGCUGCAGCCUCAAUCCAGACCAGAAAGCUAAAGUGAGAAACGUGGCAAUUGCCAUCAUUUCUGUAUUUAUACUGUGCUUUGCUCCCUACCAUUUCGUGCUCCUUGUAAGAGCCAUUAUCUUCUUUCAGUAUCGAGAUAAGGUAUGCACAUUUGAGAAAAACAUCUAUACUACUUCUGUGAUCUUUCUGUGUUUUUCCACUGCCAAGAGCAUUGCAGACCCAUUUAUCUAUGUGCUAGCUGGUGAAAAUGUCAGGCGUGAGAUGUAUCGCACAUGUAGAGGGUGUGGAAUUCAUUCAUCAGAUGAAUCCCAGUGACAUCAAAAACACACAAGUUAGGAAAUAAAGAAGACAAUAUUACUGCCCUUCACUA